AAAGCGGAGCGCCUCACCUGGUGGCGGGGUGUGCGCGCCUCUGCCCCGCGGUUUCCCUGCGCUGCUCGCCUGCCUGGCUGGCCAACCGGGCGCGAGAGAUGGCUUGUAUGUGCGGGAGAGAGGCGAGGCGGAGGUCAGGAAAGGCUCCGCCAGCCGAG